AUGGAAAAAAGUAAUUACUAUCAUAAGAAACAAGAAUUCAUAGAAUCACAGAUUGAGAUACUUCAACAGAAUUUAUUUAGUUAUUCAGAGGAAUGGACCACAGAAAAUGAAGAGUCUGAUAAUCGAAUUCCAAAACAAGUUGUAGAUCCAGUUAUAAGGAAAUUGAUGACAAGCAUUAAAAGUCAACAAAAACAAAUUUUUAAUAAUCAAACAAUUCGACAAGUUCUUGAUCAACUUCAAUUUUUAUAUUACCAAAAGCAAAAAAACGCAUUAGAAGGAUAUAUUAGAGUGGAAGAGAGUGAUUUUCAAGAUCCAAGAUGGAUUGAAUCAUUUCCAGAAGAAUGGUCAACAUUAGAAAGUAAAAUACGAGAAAAAGUUUACCAAGCACAAAAGGAAUUUAUGGAAGUUAAAGAAAAAUAUGAAUAUUACAAACAUUUAAAUGAAUUAUUGUUGAGAAUGAAUACAAACAACAUACAAAAGAAUAUGCUUGUCAAAAAUUCACCAGUUUAUAAUGAAGUUGAGAAAAUGAAAAGUUUAGUGGUAAAGAUGACCAAUACUUUAGAAAAGAAAUCAGAAUUUUUAAAUAAGAAAAAAAACCAAAUUUGA